UGGAGCACAGCCCAGCCCGGAAGCCGAGGCGCGGUGGCGCGAUCGGGCGAUGCGGUGACGUGCGGGUUUCGCGGCGCUGGUAUUGGCGGGGUGACGGGCGAUGUGGCGCGCGCUGUGCGCGAUUCGGGGGACUACGGUUGGCAGGUUGGUCCUGCGCGCUCCCACCUCGCUACUGCCCGUCGGUGGAAAGAGAAGUACCACAGCUAUGCCUGAAGUAAACACAGAUAAUCUUGAUGAGCAGCAGGUGCAGCUUUUGGCAGAGAUGUGUAUCCUUAUUGAUGAAAAUGACAAGAAGAUUGGUGCAGAUACCAAGAAAAACUGCCAUCUGAAUGAAAACAUUGAUAAAGGAUUAUUGCACCGAGCUUUCAGUGUUUUUUUAUUCAAUACAGAAGAUAAGUUGCUAUUGCAGCAGAGAUCAGAUGCUAAAAUUACUUUUCCAGAUUGUUUUACCAACACUUGUUGCAGCCAUCCACUGAGCACCCCACUAGAACUGCAAGAAAAUAAUGCCCAGGGUGUUCGGCAAGCAGCACAGAGGCGAUUAAGAGCAGAGUUAGGCAUUCCCCUGGAACAGGUAACUCCAGAAGAAAUCUUCUACCUAACGCGAAUUCACUACAAGGCCCGCUCUGAUGGGAUCUGGGGAGAACAUGAAAUUGAUUACAUCUUGUUUGUGCAGAAGAAUGUAACACUGAAUCCUGAUCCAAAUGAGAUCAAAAGCUACUGUUAUGUGACACAGGAAGAACUAAAACAACUCUUGGAAAAAGCAUCAAAAAAUGAAAUCAAGAUUACUCCUUGGUUCAAAUUAAUUGCAGAGACUUUUCUUUUUAAAUGGUGGGAUAACCUGCAUAAUUUAAAUAGAUUUGUGGAUCAUGAAAAAAUACACAGAAUGUAAAAAGCUCUAAGUGAAUGUAGUGGUGAGGGGUAACAGUAGGAUGCUGUCUUAAAAGCAGUAAGGUAACUUUUAAUCCUUAAGGUUUUGAAUACUGACAAAAAUGGUACAUCAGCAGUACCUGUUGUAGGAAUUUCUGUACCUAUGCAUAGUGAUGGUGUGGCAGUUGGGGUUGGGGUUUUCUUGGGUUGGAGGUGGGGGUUGGGUUUUUUUUUUUUAGUUAAUUUACAGCUGCUGAAUGGUGCUGGCCUGACAGCAUAGGAAACUUAAGUCAUCUUUUCAGAGCAGGCAAACUGCGGUGUUACCCAAGUGCUGAAAAAAGGUUCAAGUGUAAAGCCAACCUUGAUGAUAAGUAAACAACAGAUAUAGUAUGAACUUGUUUGGGGCUUAAUGAAUACUAAGAAAGCCCAUGUAGAAAAGAAAUUGUAAACUUUUAUUUUGAGGGGCACUGAAAUACAUUUAAUGAGGUUUAUUAGCAGACAUGAGUUUUGUACAAGGAGAUAGACACAAAUAGGCACAGCAAAGUAAGCUUCCCUGCAUUGCCUUCCAGUGUGGUGCCUAUAACCUGACCGGGAGUGAUUCUCUGCAAUGAAUGGAGGAUAAUCUAGUCUCUAACUCCAUUUAGUUGUCUCCAUUGUGACUGUAAAUAAGUGCCACUUCUGAUGUAAACACCCAUCCACUGGCAAUUAAUCUGAGACUUCUCCUUCCCAAGGCUUUCGGGAGGUAGGUUAAUUAAAGGAAUUUUAUCAACUUGUAUUUAUACUAGUUCAAGGACACAGUAUAACUAGCAUUUCUUCAUCUUUCGAGGGGGUGAAACUGAUUUACUAGGUAUAUGCCAUCAAAUGCACAAAGUAAACAGAUCACAAAUUUCACAACUGUGCCAGUCUCAGUAAUAUUUAGAAGUUGUAAUGAAAAUUUAAAGUAUGUGUUCCUUUGAAAAUGUAAGUUACAUAAACUUAUAGCUAACUUGUAUGAAAAUCACCUGGAGUGACUGGUUCCUGUGCUCUUUUGUAUAAGUUUGAAGUAGACUACUAAUAGCAGUGAAGACUUCCACUAAGUUUAAUAACUUAACAUUUUAUUGGUAUUAUAAAGCAAAAAAUGGAAUUUCAACUUAAAUGUUUUCAUACAAGGCAACUACAACUAAAAUGGAAAUGUUUGUUCUUGCCUAAAAAAAGUGAAUGACAAGGCUGUUAACUGCAGUCCUUAAAAGGACAUUUAGGAGCACAGAAAGAAGUGAAAUGUAACCAUUGUUAGAAUGCAAAUAAAAGAACUUUAGUAAUUCACUAAGUUCUUUGAACUUAAAUGCACUUAAAAUUACUAUUGGUGAUGUGAUGGGAGUCUUGUACAGUGGAAGAAAGUAAAAAUAUGUUGAGGGUUCUCCAUUAGAAUCAGAGCACAAGGAAAGCGCUAUUACCCUUUUCUUGAAAGGUUUAGUUAAAGGUAACACCUUGUGACCACGUGACAUAUUUUCCCUUAUCGUUAAUGGAGCACCCUGGAAGUGUUGUAGAAGAUUAAGUAGCUUCAUUUCUGAAAUUCUUCUGAUGACAAAAAUAAACAUUGUCCUUUACAUGAA